CCUACCGGACCUCCCCCACUCACUCCCGUCUCCCCAAUUGCCGGAAGUGCUCGGCGGCGGGACGAGAGAGAGAGAGCUGCGCGCGCCCUGCUCGGUCACCGGGUCCUCGCGCCGGUGCCGUCUGCUGGAUCAGGAACAUCCCGUCCCGUCAUCACAUUGAUAUCGGCUUUUAACAAGUGAUCAUCCCCCGUCCACCUCCAACAUAGCGUGUGCCUUACCGGUCUCUCGCUAGCACAGCGCCACCGUGUGAUCAGGAGAAGAUGCCGCUGCUACACCGGAAGCCGUUCUCCCGCUACCCGCCGCCCGCGGACCUGGAUCCCGCCGAGCGCCUGUUCUAUUGCCGGGUGACCAACGAGGUGUUCCGGGAAUAUGAUGACUUUUUCGAGCGUACUAUCCUAUGCAACAGCCUUGUCUGGAGCUGCUCCCUCACUGGAAAAUCUGGACUUACCUAUCAAGAAGCUAUUGAAUCUGAGAAAAAAAUUAGUAAAAGCUUGCAGAAUUUCCCUGAGCAAGUGAUUGUGCCUAUGAUGUAUCUCGCAACACUCAGCAAUCACCAGAGAGUAUCGGAUCUAUGUGAUGACUUAUAUGACUAUUUGAAAGACCGUUUCUUUGUUGGUGAAAUUGUAGAUGUAUUAAGAAAUAAUGGUGCAAGGUUGGAGUGUACUGUUUUGGAAGUGAAAGUUCCUCCACAGCAGAACGGGAUCACAAAUGGUCAUGACAUCUACAGUGACACCAUUGUCAUCAGUGAUAGUGAUGAUGAGUCUCCUAAGGAUCUUUCAGAGAACUGCAAGAAGAAAGAGCUAAUCAACCCUUCUUUACUGAAGUACAAAGUUAAACCAAUUAUAGAAGAAAAGUAUGAAUCUGUAAUUGUCAGACAAAGCCAAAUCAGUCGAAAGCCUUCUUUGUUUUCUAAAGAGAGACUGAAAUAUUUCCUGAAGCUGCACUGUGAAACUCAGAAUGGAAUGGUUAUACCCAAGGCAAGCACGAUUUCAAAGUAUCAGAUCUUGGAGAAAAAUUACUUUGAUUAUUUUCCUGAUGAGCCUCCAAAGUUUGAGUCUGCAGCAAGCCGAAGAUCCAUAACAAAUAAGCAGUUCAACCAACAAAGUCCCAUCUCCGCUGCCAGGGAGCGCCAGCGAAUCAUGCAGCACAGAAAUGAACUGAAAGCUAUGGAAUUGGCAAGAGCAAGAAUGAGAAAAGAACGCGCAGAAAAUGCGAAACAUAGAAAUAGAGAAAAGCAGACUGGAGUGCCUCAGAAGGAGGAAAGGCUGAAGAAAAGAGAAGAAAAAGAAAUUAUUAAAUUAGAAAGAGAAAAGGAAAGAGAGAAAAUUCGUGAAGAAAAACGUAAAUAUGCAGAGCGCUUAAAACUGUGGAGUCAACGGCGGGAUGACAUGGAGUGCGAUGACCUAAAGGAGCUUCCUAUACCUACUCCAGUGAAAACAAGGCUCCCCGCUGAUUGUUUUGGAGAUGCAAUUAUGGUUUUAGAGUUUUUAUAUGCAUUCGGAGAGCUGUUUGACCUUAAGGAUGAAUUUCCAGAUGGAAUAACAUUUGAAGUGCUUGAAGAGGCUUUAGUCGGCAGUGAUCCUGAAGGCCCUCUCUGUGAACUGCUGUUUUUCUUCCUAAGUGCCAUUUUCCAGGCCUUGGCUGAAGAAGAGGAGGAAGUGGCCAGAGACCAGAUAACCGAAGCAGAAGCAAAAGGCCUGACAGAAGCUUUGGGGGAAGACAUAGACACGACAAAAUCUGCCCUGUCAGCAGUUGCCUCUUUAGCAGCAGCUUGGCCACAGCUAAAUCAUGGCUGCAGUCUGAAAGAGCUGGCUUUAGAUAGCUGCACUCUUUCAGAGAUCCUUCGUCUACACAUUUUGGCUUCUGGAUCCGAUUCAAACUCUGCCAAUGCCAAGUACCGGUACCAGAAGCAGGGUGGCUUUGUUGCAGCUGAUGAUGCCUGCAUGGAGCUCCGUCUUAAACAUCCUGCCAUCCUGAAGAAGCUAUCUACUACAUCUGUGUAUGCUUUGUCAACCGAUGAGAAGCUGAAGAUUCUCCAUGCACUCUGUGGGAAGCUGCUUACACUAGUGUCUACCAGAGACUAUAUUGAGGACUGUGUAGAAGAGCUACGUCAGGCUAAGCAAGAGUUCAGAGAGCUGAAAGCUGAACAGAAUCGCAAAGAGCGUGAAGGGGCUGCUGCCAGGAUUCGUAAGCGGAAAGAGGAAAAGCUGAAGGAGCAAGAGUCUAAGAUCAAGGAUAAAGAAGAUAAACUGAGAGAAGAUGAGAACAAUGGCUCAACUAAAAGUGCAGGAAAGGAAGAUGAUUUAGACACUAGCUCCGAGUAUAAGGACAAUGAGCAUUGUGACCAGUACAUAGCCUCCGAAGAUGAAGAUGGAUCACCACCUACUGGCAAAAUUAAAAAAGGCAUGAAUGGUCCAAACAUCUGUAAAUUAAAGAAUAGAGACUGCCUCGGAAAAAACUUGGCCCUAACAGUGGAUGAUGAAGAGUGGAGGCAGAAACAGGAGAAAAGAGAACAGGAAUUGUUGGAAAAGCUGCAACAAGUCACAGCCUGCACGAACAUCUACCCUCUAGGCCGGGAUCGCUGGUACAGGCGAUUCUGGACCUUCUUUUCUGUUCCAGGCCUGUUUGUAGAGGAGGAUUAUACUAAUAUCACUGAGGAUAUGCUGCAACCUCAACCUGCUUCUCAAAGAGAAUCUGAGAGUAAUGCUGCAGUGAAUGGCCAUGAAUCCUCUAUCCAUGAGGUUAAAGACGACCAUAAACCUUCUAAACCAGUCAAUAAGCCAAACCGCUGGUGCUUUUAUAACUCCGAAGAACAACUAGAGGAACUGAUUGAAAGUCUGAACACACGAGGGUAUAGAGAGAGCACGCUUAAAGAUGUACUUGUACAAGACAAGAAUAAAGUCUGUCAGCGACUGAGUAAUUGCGCAGCUAAUCGUUUCCAUAUACCAGACUGUCCACUCUCAACGGACGUUAAGAUUGGGCGGGGGCGAUCUCUGAACGUGUCGGAUCCCACACAGACCACUGCUGAAAAACAAUUAGAGCUAAGACUAUGCGACCUCCUCCUGGACAUUGAAGAUAGGAUUUACCAGGGUACUCUUGGUGCUGUUAAGGUACCUGAUAGGCAGUUAUGGCGACAAAGUCUUAAUAACUGUACAUAUGAGCUUUUGGAUGAUGAAAUAAAGGAGAAUGGGACAAAUGAGGAUGGAAUCAUGAAACUGGAGGACGAUGAACUAGUAGAGAUGGAAAUUGAUACAAAGCAAAGCAAUAAAGACAGGUUGCAUGGUUUGAAAAACAACACACCAAGUGCAGCAUCUACAAAUGCCAGCACUCCUCAGUCAGCAACGAAUUCUAUACAUUACCUUGCACGAGUAUUACUACAAAUAGAGCAAGGAGUGGAACGCAAGUACUUAAAAGCCCCUCUUGGAGAUGCAGAAGAUCAUAAAAAGGAUUCAAAAUCAGACAAAAAAAAGAAGGAAGACAAGAAAAAGAGAGACGAUGAUCAAACUAAUGAAAGAGAGGAUACUAGUGACAGUGGGCGUGUCCAAAGGACAUUAUUGGAUCGCUGGCGGGAAUCAUUACUGUCAUCUGGCAGCUUUUCUCAAAUCUUCCUGCACUUGUCCACUUUGGAACGCAGCAUCUUGUGGUCCCACUCCAUUCUCAAUGCCAGGUGCAAAGUGUGUCGUAAGAAAGGAGAUGGAGAGAGCAUGCUCUUGUGUGAUGGCUGUGAGAGAGGACACCAUAUCUAUUGUGUCAGGCCAAAGCUGAAGUACAUUCCUGAAGGGGACUGGUUCUGUCCAGAGUGUCGACCUAAACAGCGUGCCCGCAGGCCUGACCGUCAAAGGCCUUCGAUGGAUAGUGAUUUUGUAGAAGAGGAGGCUAUGUCAGAAGAGGAUUUUCAGGAGGAAUCUGACUACGAAGAAGAGACGGUCAUGUCUGAGGAAGAGAGUACUACAAAGAGAGGGAGACCCAAAUUACAACUACCUUCAAAGACUAAGGGAGGGAAAACUGGUGGGAAGCCAGGACCUAAAAAAGGCUCAGGAAAAAAGGACAAUGGGAAGACACCUAGAAGUCAACAAGGCACUCCCAUAACUGUUUUGCCAACUCCAAAAGGAAGAGGCGGUGUCAGAAAAGUACAGUCUGCCCCACCAUUUGAGAAAAGCCCUGGUUCACGGCUUUCUUUUCGCAGUUCACAACCCACUGCAAACCUACAUGAAGCAUCGCUUGUUGAGCUUGUGUCCGUCCGUGGACGAGGUAGGGGCAGAGGAAGAGGAAAAAAGAUAAAAUCAGGCGACAACACGCCAGUAGGCAGCCCAUUCGCCUUCCGUCCAUUUAGCCUUGAUAAUGUUGAGCAGACACCCAAAGGAAGAAAGGCACAGUUCCAGAACUCUGUCCAGGUGGAAGCCAAAGGAAGGGGCAAGAAGCGCAUGUCCGCAGAUAUUUCUUCAAUGGAGCAAGGAAAUCGCAGGAGCUCUGGGAGACAUCAUGGCGUACAUGAGUUAUCUGCUUGUGAACACCUGGUAGUGGAGCUGGUGAGGCACAUUGACAGUUGGCCUUUCAUGAGGCUGGUGUCGAAAUACCAGGUUCCGGAUUAUUUUGAUAUUAUCCAGAGACCCAUUGCCUUAAAUAUCAUCCGUGAAAAAGUGAACAAAUGUGAAUACAAGUCUGCAUCUGAAUUUGUAAGAGACGUUGAACUGAUGUUUUCCAACUGCUUCGAGUACAACCAUGUUGAGAGCAACGAAGCCAAAGCAGGAAUCCGCCUGCGGUCCUUUUUCAUCAGUGAGGCUCAGAAAUUAGAUCUGGAUGUCUCUACUAGCAAUACAUAUUCGUCUGCUCCAGCCACCAAAAAGUCCCGGAUCUGACUUAUCUCCAGCCGCUGUAGUAGAGACAAUAGAGUUUCGGUGUUCUAAUUUACAAUCUCUGGUUUCACAUAUUGUGUUGUCCUGCUGAACUGAAUUGCCAAGCAAUAAUCGAAGGCUGUCCACUUGAUGAGAAAGCACUGAUUCUUAACAAUUCAGCACUGCAAAAGCAGGAAAGAACUACUUAAUAAGGUCCAAGCCACAUACAUGUAUGUUAUGUUGUUAUAUAUGUAUAUCAGAUUAUGAGCUGACUGUUUAACUGCUGUGAGUUUUUUCUCAAUUUUUUUUCUAUUUGCUGUAGUUCUUAUGCUUGAAAGUUACUGUUGAUAUCAAUGACAAAAAGCAGCCAUACAUGAACAACACUACUUGAGUGAAUAGACUGGGGUAUAUUUUUGAGGGAUGGACUAUACACACUGAGAGUAUUUUGAAAAUUCUAGUUAUUUAUCUAGCAUUCAAAGGAAUGUGUGAAUUAUUUUGUUUUUGUAUUUAUGAAUAUUUUGUAUCCGAAGUUUAACUAAACUAUAUUUCUUAUGUAAAACUAUUUUCCACUUCAAAAUCCAAAUAAGUUGUUUCUACAUUUUCUAUGUGAUAGACUUUUGAGGGCUCUUGCAGGUAUAAUUACACAGUGAUCACCAUUAAUUUAUAUGCAGACGGCUGUGUAAAAAGUAAUAAAAAUUGUUUCCUCUUUU